GGAUGGCCGAGGCGCUGCGAUAAUGCCUAGUGUGCUCGAAGAUGGGACUCGAGCUGAGCUGUCAACAUACCUACGCGAGUCGUGGUUCAGCGGCACGGGCAAUUGCAUGAUCUGAUGCUUCAUUCCGUGGAACGGCCCGCAUUCGCGCACCUGGCACUGCGACCGUCGACUAUUAUGCUAAGCUGCUGGCUGGCUGCUGGCUGCUGGCUGCAUCGUGCCAGCACUGCUCGUGGCACUGUCUGGACCAUCCUGGAACACCAGUUCAUCCGACCCAAUUUUUGUCAUUUCGUUUCGGCCGCAGUCGCCUGAACAAUCGCAAUCCGCAACAGCUAAAACAAAGAAUCUUAUUCUUUGAA